GUUCAGUGUCUCUUGGUCUUCGAUCGAGUCAGGUUGUACUGCAAGCAGACGCUUGAUCCUUCGAUAUAUUCCGCCUCUUUCUCUCUGUCUUCUUCUAUUUUCGAUUAUUUGCCCGACUGGCGAUAUUCAUUCCAUUUGCUAAUCAUAAAUCGAAUCACAACCAGCUAGGGAGAAACACCAAUUUCUCGUCGAGUUACUUGAAUGGGCACGAGGAGCAUCAAGUUCGAGUGACCAUGUCGAGGAUCGUGAUACUGAUGGCAGUGAUUCUCCACGUGCUCUGCGCUAAAGAUGAAACCAACGCCGGGGAUGGACAGAAAUUCGGCUACGGAUUCACAUACGUCCGCGGAGGAAACGUCGCCGGACUGACGGCUCGAGGGCGAAACGGCAGCGACCCUACGGGACUCAAUUGGCAGGCGGAUAGUCCAAUCGGUGGCGGCGAUGCGGAUGACGAAGACGAAAACGACCAGGACGACGUAUUCAUCCGACCAUGGAACGACGGCGGAUUGAACCUGCUUCCAGCCCAGUCCUCCUAUAUUCCGGAGAGGAAAUCCUUCAAGAACCCGCGCAACGUCCCGUCAGAUUCCUGCCCACGCGACGAAGAUCUCGCCCAGGCUCAGGGUCGAACAUGCCUGAGGAAAUGCUUGGCUGACGAGGAUUGCCGAAGCCCACGUAAGAAAUGUCUAUGCGACGGCAUUUGCGGACUGUCUUGCAUCAAACCCGAUCGUGAAUGUCACGACGAACUGGGUAAUCCGGACAGAGGUAACGUGAUCUUAACUGGGCGCUUAUUUGGAGAUCGCGCCAUCUACACUUGUGAGGAAGGCUACCGCUUAGUCGGAGUGGAAUUCCGGCUCUGUCAAGCCGAUGGAUCGUGGUCGGCCACCGAACCAGCCUGUCAUAAAAUCGUUCAGAGCAGCGGAUAUUGCGACGAACCGCCCAUCGUACCCAACGCUCGUCACAACGCACCGCAAGAGCAAAACAGCUUCGCUCCCGACACCGAACUCCAAUAUCAAUGCUACCUGGGUUACAACACUUUGGGCUUCGCUCGAGCCAGAUGUCUGCAGUACAACCAGACCGUCAAAUGGUUCGGUCCCGACUUUAAAUGUGAAGCUCGAUCUUGCGGUGAGCCGACCGACAUAACCAACGGACGACACGAAGGCGAAUGCCACGCAUUCGGCUGUCGUGUGACCUAUUACUGCACGGCUGGAUUCGAUCUGGUCGGAAGAGCCAACCGCUACUGCCAGGCCGAUGGUACUUGGACUCCAGGAGAGUUGCCCAUCUGUGUCCCUGUCCAGUGCCCCAUACCCAGCGACCCCGAUCUUGGCAAGGCCAUCUUCAGUUCUACCAGCUAUAAUUCCAUCGUGUCCUACGAGUGUCUUUACGGCAACUCCCUGGUCGGUCAACCCACAAGACGUUGCGGUCCGGACAAACGAUGGCUGGGAGAAGAACCCUUUUGUCGAGAAAUCAACUGCGGAUCACCCGGACUCAUUCCCAACGGAUGGAUUGAAAAUCUUCACUUGGGGACUUCGCUGGGCACGUCCAUUAUUUACCGCUGCAACAAGAACAUGAAGCGGAUUGGCGCAUCGUCUGCCACUUGCGAGAAAAGCGGCCGCUGGAGCUACAACCCGCCUCAAUGUUUAUCAUCUUGCGUGGUGCCGAUGGUGGAACGCGGAGUCGUCCGCAACGUCACGGCCGGAUCGAUGGUGUCCCACGGUGAGAACCUGACCCUCGAGUGCAUCAACUUGUACGAGCCGGCCCACGGAUUGGCCACCUUCACCUGCAAUAACGGAACGUGGAACGUCAUUCCUCGAUGCGAACCCGCUCGAUGUAAAUCGCUGCCAAGACGACCCCGUCACGGAAUGGUGAUUGCUCCGAGAAUGGAGCACGGAUCAAGGGCACUCUACAAGUGCAAAGAUGGUUUUCAACUGGCCGGAUCCAACGUCACCGAAUGCAACUAUGGAAACUGGUCCGGCUUGCCGCCCACCUGCCAAGAGAUCUACUGCCCGUUUCCCGGCUACAUCGCCAACGGUAAGGUCAUGCUCAUGGGAAAUAUGGGCUACUAUGAUUACCGGCCCUACGUCAAGAAGGUCACCAACAAUCGGCAGAUCAUGUACGAGUGCGAUCGCGGAUACAAGCUGGAUGACGACGGACCGCCGGGUGCCACAUGCGUGGCCGGUAGGUGGAGCCCCAAACAGUUGCCGAGAUGCGUCGCCGAGCAACACUCGCGCGGCCGCUGGGCGCGAUCCAUCAAGUCCGGACGAACACCCGUCGCCAUUCGACCGGGAGGCAAAAAGAGCUCGGGAAAGAGCACUCGACGUAAGCAAGGAUCCAGGCGUAACGAGCAAGAUUACGACGACGGACAGCAGCACGAAUCGAGAGAUACUUGUGUACCACUGGCCGUCGAACCACAUGCCACAAUCCAGGUGGUGACUCCUGGAAAAAAUGCCAGUGACAUGUUCAGCACUGGGGUUGUGCUCAGCAUCACCUGCGCUGAAGGCUACAGGCUCAAUGUCGGAAACCGGACUGUUCGUUGCAAACGAGGCGUUUGGAAACCGGAACGACCGACUUGUUUACUCAUUCCGUGCACCAUUCCGGAUGUGGAGAAUUCUGCGUUCCAGCUCAACGAUUCGACCGUGUUGGCGGCCAACUCUGAGAUUCCGCACAAUGAAACGGCAUUGUUUGGUUGUAAUGCCGGAUACGUCAUCCAAGGACCGGAAGUCUACCGCUGCUGGUUCGGCGAAUACAUCAACACCCACGGGCAGACGUCCGAGUGCGUCGCUGCACCUUGUGAGCUGCCGCGAAUCUCUUACGGGGAAUACACGGCCGGAUACCGGGCCGGAUUGACCGUGGCCAAUGGAUCGACGGUCGAUUACACUUGCUUCGAGCCCAACUAUGUCAAGAUCAAUCCGGGGCCUAUCCAGUGUCGACUGGGCGAGUUCAUUCCCGACUUCCCAAUUUGCCGGACCCGCUCCGAUCGAUUCGGCGUCGACGAUUUCGGUCGAAUCGCUUGGCAAGAGUUUAAAGGCGGCGGAGACAUCACUGAAGGCGGAAUCAUGGUUUUGAUGGACCGGAAUAAACGAAACUGUUCCGAGCCUCAUCGCGUUCACGGAUCGCUGGUUUUCAGAGACGGCGAGCCCAAAGAAGGCGAGAAAAACAGGUUUCCCCACGGCUCUCAAGUGACUUUCCAAUGCGUUUCGGGACUCAAUAAAGACCGCACAACGUGGCAAAUUGUCUGCUCCGAUGGAUCGUGGAACGGUCGACCUUUAAGCUGCGACGGUGAAGUCUUUGUCGAAGGACUCGGCCAGCCGUCCAACAAAUCUUGCAUCUUUCGCAACAACGAAGCGAACUUGAUGACUUUCUACGAAGACCAACAGAUCACCGAAGACGUGGUCGAAUUCCCGCCGGGUACCGAACUAAUUUCCCGUUGCUACGAUAUCGGCAAGUUUGCUUUCACCGGAUCGGUUCGUCGUCGCUGCAGCCGUGGCGAUUGGACGGGCAUGAAACCGGCCUGCGUCGGUCUCAGCCAAGAAAACGAUUACGCCCUCGAGAAGCCACCGACGAUCCUCUUCCGCCACCAAUUGGGUCCCAUCGCCCAGAGUAAUGACGGUAGGCUUAUUGUCUAUCCAGGAACCAUUGUCCACAUGGAAUGUCUCUGGAUCCGGCGAUUUGGCACUCCCAAAUGGGAAGUUUCUCAUCAGUACAGGAAAUACCCAGAAGGAUGGACAGAAGAAGAAGGACGGGAUAAAACGCUGGAAUAUCGACUGAGUAUUUUCCACGCUCAGAAAGAUGAUUCGGGCACGUUCACGUGUACGACGCCUACGCGCCAUCAGCACAGCGUCGAGAUUAUCGUGCAUCCGGUUCAUUGCCCAUCCAUUGUGGAGCGCAAGGGAUUGGUGGCAUCGACUAAAAACACGAAAAUGGGAGUCAAAGUUCAUUUUUCCUGUCACAAUAGCAACUCGCUGAUUGGCGCUCCUGAACUGACUUGCCUGCCGUCCGGCAGUUGGAGCUCGCCCACCCCGUUCUGCGAGAGCGUCCUCUGCCCGGACAUCACCAACAUCACCAACGAUCGAAUUUUGCGAGUCUCCAUCGUCAGCCGAGAAGUUGGCGGACGUGCUCUAUUCUCCUGCCCGCCCGGUUUCACCAUACGGGGUGCGGGAACCGAGUCCGUCUGUCAAUCGACUGGGGAAUGGGCCCAACCGCUACCCCGUUGCGAAGAAGUGGUUUGCGAACCACCAACCAACCCGGAAAACGGAUACAUUCAAGGGGGUAGCACCUACAAGGCUGGUGAAGUGGUCCAGUUUCAUUGCCACCGUGGUUUCAUGGUCGAGGGACAGCCCAUAGCAGUUUGUCAAGAUAACGGCAAAUGGUCCGGCACUUUCCCCAAAUGUUUGCCGGCUUGCCCGUACCCCGGAACAACAAUUGGAGGGACGAUUUCCAUGGUCAAGUUCUACUACCCCAUCGGAGAAACUGUAACAUUCGAUUGUUCAACUGGUCUAGUCCUUCAGGGCAGCCCGAAUCUUCACUGUCAAAAGGGUGGCAAGUGGUCGUCGGCGGUGCCCACUUGUAUUCCAGCUCAGAACAAUUAGGAAACAUCUUGCUGGCUGCGCAAACCAACCAACACACACGUACACACACAUGUUUUCUUUUUCUUUUUCUCUCUCUUAAUCGAUCAAUUAUUGUCGGCAAUUACUACCUACAUUUAAUCCAAAAGUCGAUGUCAAAAGUCGUUUCUCUUUUUUUUUGGCUUUCAUUCCCCCCUACCAGCAGAUGAAAGUUACCAACGAUCAACUUCAUUUUUAUGAUAAUUUCUCUGAUAAUAUAUCAACCUUCAUUUCGAUGUUUAAAAAUCGAUAUACAACGUAUAUAUAUUUGCAACGGAACGAGUAAGUAUAGAUAGCUGAAUCAGAGAUUUCGUUGACACCUUUGAAACGUUACAAUUCAUAGCAUUUAUUUACACUCUCGGUCUGUGUGAUUUAUAUAUAACUGCUUUGUGUUUUAUAAAAAUUUUCGAUGUUUAUUCGCAAAAAACCGAAACCCUGACAAAAAAUACUCUGAAAAUUUGACUUGACUGUUGACGUCAAAUAUAAUAACGACAAAUUUCAAAA